AAAUAUAGUUGAAAAACACUGGCCAGGGUGAGUUUCCUUGUGGUUUAAUUCAGUUUUUAAAAGCGUUUUAUUGGAACACAUUACAGCACACAUUACUAUCGGAUUCCAUUCCAACAAACGAAACACAUUAUUUGACGGUCUGGGGCGUUAAUAGGUAUCUUUACGAUACAGCACUGUGAGCGGAUAUAGGCAGCGCCGCCGUCGUCUUCACACAACGCCAGUCAGUCACGAUGGACCUGGGUCCGUUUGAAGCAGACAACACUGUCAGCUGCCGCCUGGCCUCCGCCAUCCCCGAUAUCUGCAAGACCGACGACUGCUGCCUGGGCAUCGAUGAAGCCGGCCGAGGCCCAGUGUUAGGGCCGAUGGUGUAUGGAAUAUGUUUCUGUCCCGUGUCCAAGAAAGACGAGCUGAAGGCGCUGAAGGUGGCAGACUCUAAGACUCUGACGGAGGAGCAGAGAGAGAGUUUGUUUGUCAACCUGGACGAGGCCAAGAGCUUCGUGGGAUGGGCUCUCCAGGUCAUCUCACCCAACACCAUCUCCACCAGCAUGCUGCAGAGGAUGAAGUAUAAUCUGAAUGCUCUGUCUCAUGAUGCUGCUAUUGGGCUGGUGCAGUUCGCCCUGGAUUCAGGCGUGCAGCUCAAAGAGGUGUUUGUGGACACCGUAGGCCCUGCAGAGAAGUACCAGGAUAAGCUGUCCCAGCGCUUCCCUGGCAUAGAGGUGACGGUCCGACCCAAAGCUGACUCCCUCUUCCCCAUCGUCAGCGCUGCCAGCAUCUGUGCCAAGGUGGCGAGAGACCAUGCAGUGAAGGGAUGGAAGUUUCUGGAAGACCUGGGGAAGGUGGACACGGAAUACGGUUCAGGCUACCCGGGCGACCCUAAGACUAAGAGCUGGCUGUUGAAUUAUCUGGACCCAGUGUUUGGUUAUCCCCAGUUUGUGCGAUUCAGCUGGAGUACCGCGCAGACUCUACUGGAUAGCAAUGCAGUUCCCGUCCACUGGGAUGAUGAUGAGGAGGAUGGUGAGAAGUCUGCCGCUCGUCAGAACAACACGUCCAUGUUGUCCUACUUCAACCGCACAAGCUCACAAGCUAACGGAGACCAAAGCUCAGGCAGGGACGCACACAGGUUCUUCACGGAGCGCAGGUUACAGAACAUCAGCUCUUUAUAAACACACACACACAAACACACACACACACCCAUACAUACACACACACACACACACACUCUCACACACGAGGGCCAUAGAGAGGUAUUAUAAAUUGUGGACCAGACACACACACACACACACACACACACACACACACACACACACGAGGGGCAUAGAGAGGUAUUAUAACUUGUGGAUCAGACACACACACACACACACACACACACACACACACACACACACACACACACACACACACACACACACACGAGGGGCAUAGAGAGGUAUUAUAAAUUGUGACACACACACACACUCUCUCUCUCACACACACACACACACACACACACACACACACACACACACACGAGGGGCAUAGAGAGGUAUUAUAACUUGUGGAUCAGACACACACACACACACACACACACACACACACACACACACACACACACACACGAGGGGCAUAGAGAGGUAUUAUAAAUU